ACUGUCAUAACCAAUAUUCCAAUAUCAGCGGCGCCCAAUUGGGCCCACAUCCAAUCACCUUUACAUUUCGCAUAAAUAUUCUCUUAUAUCGUUCAGCUCUUUAUAGUUUAUUCUGAUAUGCUUUGUCAAUCGGAUUACUCGAUCAUCAAUCUUCUCUUCAAGAAACCAUUACUAAAGUAUUUUCCACGACUAGGGUCUGUUUGGCAACCAAAAAGGGUCCCUAUUUUGCCAAGAUUCUUCUCUAUUAUACUUUUAAGAAGUUUCGAGAAGUAAAAAAGAGUUGAAGAGAGAUUUUGAAGCGAAGGAUUUGUGUUAAUUUGUGAAUAUGUGGUAGAAUUACAAGUGAAAUUUCGUAGGAAGUGAGGUGGGCUGUUUGGAAAUAUUAUGAAUUUUUUCACCACGUUUUGUUGCGUCAAGGGUUCGGAUCGGAAAAAACAAGGGAAGAAGGAGCUUACAUGGAGGGUUUUUUCUCUGAAGGAAUUGCAAUUGGCCACAAACAAUUUUAACUACGACAACAAGCUCGGAGAAGGUGGAUUUGGCAGUGUUUAUUGGGGUCAGCUUUGGGAUGGUUCUCAAAUUGCUGUGAAAAGGUUAAAGUCCUGGAGUGACAAAGCAGAGAUGGAAUUUUCUGUUGAAGUCGAGAUUCUUGCUCGAGUACGGCACAAGAAUUUGCUUACUUUACGUGGUUACUGUGCUGAAGGGCAAGAACGUCUUAUUGUCUAUGAUUACAUGAUUAAUCUGAGCUUACUGUCUCAUCUUCAUGGGCCACAUUCUGCUGAAUGCCAUCUUGACUGGAACCGGCGGAUGAACAUUGCUGUUGGGGCUGCCGAGGGCAUUGCCUAUUUACAUAACUACGCAACACCCCACAUUAUACACCGAGAUAUUAAAGCUAGCAACGUAUUGCUAGAUGGAGAUUUUCAAGCUCAAGUUGCUGAUUUUGGAUUUGCAAAGUUCAUACCCGAAGGUGCAACACAUGUAACCACCAGAGUUAAGGGUACUCUUGGCUAUCUUGCCCCGGAAUAUGCAAUGUUAGGAAAGGCAUCAGAAAGCUGCGAUGUUUACAGCUUUGGCAUUCUUUUGCUUGAGCUUGCUAGUGGAAAGAAACCCCUAGAGAAGCUCAGUUUGAGAAUAAAACGAUCAAUCACGGAUUGGGCCCUACCUCUGGCACGCGAGGGAAAAUUCAACGAACUUGUGGAUUUGAGGCUCACUGGGAAGUAUGUGGAAGAAGAGUUGAAAAGGGUUGUCCUUGUAGGACUCGUAUGUAGUCAUAAUCAACCCGAGAAGCGACCAACAAUGCUUGAAGUGAUUGAACUUCUAAAAGGAGACAGAGAGAAGUUUGCAGCUCUGGAAAUGCACGAAAUGUUCAAAAGCAGUCCGGAAAUGUUCAAAAGCAGUCCGGUUUUAGAGGAAAACUCAGAUACUAUCUCAGACGAAAAGGAACCGAAACAAGAAAUUGAAAAUGUUGAAGUUCUAACCACUGGACAUUAAUACGGUGGGCUAGAAAAAUGAUUGUGUUUCCUUCAUGGUUUUAUUUUGAAAAUGAACUUACGUUAUUGAAUGUCAGGGGAUGUGGAUUCUUACUAAGGUGUAAAAAUUAUUUGAAUUUUGGGUGUGUUUUCUUGGAUGUUAAUGUAAAUUCAGUUUGUUCUUUCUCA